GGGGGCUGGGCGGCGGACCCUCUGGUAAAAGGCGGUCCCCGGUCGGCGGGGGGAGCGAAGAGAAGGGGGGGUCUCGGAGGCCGGAGGACUCGGGUGAAGAUGGCGGCAGCCGAAGCCGCGAACUGCAUCAUGGAGAAUUUUGUAGCCACCUUGGCUAAUGGGAUGAGCCUCCAGCCGCCUCUUGAAGAAGUUUCCUGUGGCCAAGCAGAAAGUAGUGAGAAGCCCAACGCUGAGGACAUGACAUCCAAAGACUAUUACUUUGACUCCUAUGCCCACUUUGGCAUCCAUGAGGAGAUGCUGAAGGAUGAGGUGCGUACCCUCACAUACCGCAACUCCAUGUUUCACAAUCGGCAUCUCUUCAAAGACAAGGUGGUGCUGGACGUGGGCUCAGGCACUGGCAUCCUCUGCAUGUUUGCUGCCAAGGCAGGAGCCCGCAAGGUUAUCGGGAUUGAGUGUUCCAGUAUCUCCGAUUACGCUGUGAAGAUUGUCAAAGCCAACAAGUUAGACCAUGUGGUGACCAUCAUCAAGGGCAAGGUGGAAGAGGUGGAGCUGCCGGUGGAGAAGGUAGACAUCAUCAUCAGCGAGUGGAUGGGCUACUGCCUCUUCUACGAGUCCAUGCUCAACACCGUGCUGCACGCCCGUGACAAGUGGCUGGCACCUGAUGGCCUCAUCUUCCCAGACCGGGCCACCCUUUAUGUGACAGCCAUUGAGGACCGACAGUAUAAAGACUACAAGAUCCACUGGUGGGAGAAUGUAUACGGUUUUGAUAUGUCCUGCAUCAAAGACGUGGCCAUCAAGGAGCCCCUGGUGGACGUGGUAGACCCAAAGCAGCUUGUCACCAACGCCUGCCUCAUAAAGGAGGUUGACAUCUACACAGUCAAGGUGGAGGACCUGACCUUCACCUCCCCCUUCUGCCUGCAAGUGAAGAGGAAUGACUAUGUGCACGCCCUGGUGGCCUACUUCAACAUCGAGUUCACCCGCUGCCACAAGAGGACCGGCUUUUCUACCAGUCCUGAGUCCCCAUACACACACUGGAAGCAGACUGUGUUCUACAUGGAGGACUACCUAACAGUGAAGACUGGAGAGGAGAUCUUUGGCACCAUUGGCAUGAGGCCCAACGCUAAAAACAAUCGCGACUUGGACUUUACCAUCGACCUGGACUUCAAAGGUCAGCUGUGCGAGCUCUCUUGUUCCACCGACUACCGGAUGCGCUGAGGAGGCGCCAGGAUGGCCCUCCUGCAGAAGAGGGCUUAGGGGCUGGGCUUUGGGGGAUGGGAGGGUACAUCGUGACUGUGUUUUUCAUAACUUAUGUUUUUAUAUGGUUGCGUUUAUGCCAAUAAAUCCUCAGCUGACCAUG